CGAGAGCGAGUACAAAAGUAGCUAAUUAAUUAAGAAGCAGGGAAUUGAAGGGAGAAGUAUACGUUUAAAAAAGAUCAAUAUGAUGGGGUUCUCAAAUAAUAAUCAAAGGUGGUUUGGGCAUUUGUACAAUAAUAUUAUAAUUGCGGUGAUGGUUGUCAUCUUGAAAUGGAAUAAUAAUAAUGGGGCAGAAGGGGCAGCGGCACAGGCAUCUGCGCUGUUUGUGUUCGGGGAUUCAACGGUGGAUGAUGGCAACGCUAACUUCCUCAACUCCAGAGCUAAAUCCAAUUACUAUCCCUAUGGGGUGGACUUCUCCGGAGGAGCAACUGGCAGAUCUACAAACGGCAAAACCUUUGCCGAUCUCCUUGGAGAAUGGUUGGGUCUGCCUCCGCCUCCUCCCUUUGCGGACCCCAACACAAAUGGGACUAGAAUACUGGGUGGUGUGAAUUACGCUUCCCCCGGUGCCGGCAUCCUCGACGAAACUGCCCGACAUUAUAUGGACAGGUACACAUUGAGCCAACAAGUGGUGAAUUUCGAAAGCACUUUGAGCCAGUUAAGGACGAUGAUGAGUCCGGCCAAUGUAAGUAGCUACCUAUCAAAAGCAAUUGCGGUGGUUGUUAUUGGGAGCAACGACUACGUAAACAACUAUCUCAUGCCUUCUAUCUACCUUACUAGCUUCAACUACAAUACCUCCCAAUUCGCCACCCUUCUCCUCAACCACUAUACCAGACAACUUGUGGCAUUAUAUAGUGUUGGGUUGAGGAAGUUCUAUAUAGCAGGGAUUGGGCCGAUUGGUUGUACUCCAAACCAGCUAGCCACAGGCCAGGCCCAAACAGGGAGAUGCGUUGACUCAGUUAACCAGAUGCUUGGGAGCUUCAAUGAUGGUUUGAGAAGUCUAGUGGAGACGCUUAACAAUGGUGGACAUCCUGGCGCUAUUUUUGUAUAUGGGAACACCUAUGCUAUAAUGGGCGAUAUAUUGAACAAUCGUGCCAAAUAUGGGUUUUCUAUAUGGGAUAGACCAUGUUGUGGGAUAGGAACAAACAUGGGGCAAAUGACGUGUAUCCCAUUCUAUCCUCCUUGUGGAAAUAGGACUCAAUACAUCUUUUGGGAUGCGUUCCAUAUGACGCAAAAUGUGAACGCCGUGCUUGCUCAGAGAGCCUACUCUGGACCACCGACUGAUAAUUAUCCUAUCAAUGUUCAGCAGCUAGCCACCAUUAACAUUUGAUAGUUGAUAUAUUAUUUUCAACCUGAUAAUUUCAACUUCUCAUCUAUCAAUUCACUCUUGAGAUUUUAUUUUACAUUCAAUUCCUCAAGAAAUGGCUCUAAAAAGCUAUGUAAAAAGUUUAUGGAAUGAUGCAAUGUAAAGCUAUGAAAUGUGUGAGGAAUGGUUGUGAAAAAUAGACCCAAAAGACACCUAUUUAUACCCAAAAAUGAUGUGUAACGAAUGGGAGUUGAUUUGGGUUUAAAGGCAUGAUUUGUGGAAAUCAAAUAGAAGUGGAUCU